AUGCUUCCACGGCUCAGAGGCAAAGCUGCUCCCACCGAGGACCAGGAGAACGUCCCGCUCAAAGCCAGCUCCAGGACCGUGCUCGGAUCACUGCAGAGCAACCAGAGGAGCAAGACUCUGACCCAGCGCGGCAUAAAGCAGGAGUUUAGCAAGAAUGACGACUUCAGUAAAAGUUGCUUUGAGAAGAAACAGCCUGCCUUCCAGAUCCAUGUGGAUGAACCUGACGGUGCUUGUACAAAGAAGCCAGUGCCAGCUGAGCCUCUCAAAGAGAACCAGAACCGGAUCAAGUCCUCCGCAGAGGACUCUCCUGUCAUCAAUGCAGCAGCACAGCUCCGACGACCCCUGGCUCCCCUCGAUGCGAUGGACAUCAGCCUCCUUGACUCUCCCAUGGACAUGUCUGUUCUCGAGGGUGAGGAGAAGACUGCGAAUGUAAAUGAGGUCCCAGAGUACGCUGCUGAGAUCCACACGUAUCUGAGGGAAAUGGAGAUCAAAACGCGGCCGAAGGCUGGCUACAUGAAGAAGCAGCCGGACAUAACAAACAGCAUGAGGUCCAUCCUGGUGGACUGGCUGGUUGAGGUUGGGGAAGAAUACAAACUUCAGAACGAAACUCUUUACCUGGCUGUGAACUACAUCGACCGCUUCCUGUCGUCCAUGUCUGUGCUGCGCGGGAAGCUGCAGCUGGUGGGAACAGCGGCCAUGUUGCUCGCCUCUAAAUUUGAGGAGAUCUACCCUCCAGAGGUGGCAGAGUUUGUCUACAUCACAGACGACACUUACACCAGGAACCAGGUGCUGCGAAUGGAGCAUCUGGUUCUGAAGGUUCUGUCCUUCGACCUGGCGGCUCCAACCAUCAACCAGUUCCUCACACAAUACAUCCUCAACCAGACGGUCAGCAAGCAGGUGGAGAGCCUGGCCAUGUACCUGAGUGAGCUCAGCUUAAUAGACUCCGAGCCGUGUCUGAAGUACCUGCCUUCACAAACUGCUGCUGCGGCCUACAUCCUCGCCAACCACACGGUGACCGGCGGCUCCUGGCCAAAGUCUCUGACAGAACUGAGCGGCUACAGUCUGGAGGAGCUGCUGCCGUGUGUGGAGGAUCUGCACCGAGUCUACGUGGCGGCGCCUCAACACGCUCAGCAGUCCAUCCGGGAGAAGUACAAGACUCACAAGUUCUACGAGGUGUCGCUGCUCACGGCUCCAGAGCGGCUAAACUUGAAGUGA